AAUUCAGCUUGGCACAGCAAGUCAAACUGCAAUCGAGCUGGUCAUAAUGUGAGAAGAGUUCUUACUCUGGAGAUACCCAUAAGAUGUUUUGUUGGAAGCAUAUAAGGAUGCAUUUUGGAUGGAUAGUGCUUAUGACUAUGGUGAAUAAUGGAGUCCAGGCCUGGACAUACCAUUACAACACAGACACCAGCAUGGAGUGGGAAAUAGCACGCCAGUGGUGCAGGCAGCAUUACACCGACAUGGUAGCCAUCCAGAACAAGCAAGAGGUCAUCUACCUGAACCAGAUGUUGCCCUUGCAUCGCUCCUACUACUGGAUUGGCCUUAGGAAAAUGGCUGGCCAGUGGACAUGGGUGGGUACCAUGAAGCCCCUGGCACCCGAGGCAGCCAGCUGGGCAACAGGAGAACCCAAUAACCAGGGAACUAGUGAAGACUGCGUGGAGAUCUACAUCAAGAGGUCCAAGGACCCAGGCAUGUGGAAUGAUGACAAUUGCAGCAAAAAGAAAGCAGCACUCUGUUACACAGCAUCGUGUUUUGAGAGGUCGUGCAGUGAGCAUGCCGAGUGUGUGGAGAACAUUGGAAACUACACGUGCGAGUGUAAUCCAGGGUUCACAGGACCACGCUGUAAUGAAGCUGUAGAGUGUGGCGCGGUCAAAACUCCAGAGCAGGGUUUUGUGCAGUGUAGCCAUGUUUAUGGAGACUUCCGUUUCAAUUCAUCCUGCCAGUUCCACUGUGCCCGUGGCUACAUAUUACAGGGUUCAAAACAUCUACACUGCUUAUCACUGGGGAAGUGGGAUCAUGAUCCUCCCGAGUGCCAGGUUGUCGAAUGUCCUCCAAUUACAACUUCAAACAGUGGAUGGAAUAUGACAUGCAACCAUCCUCGGCACACAAACAGCUACAACUCUACAUGUGUGUUCAGAUGUGACGAGGGUUUUGAGCUGAGAGGUUCACACACAACCCGGUGCGAUCACACUGGACAGUGGACACACAACACCCCAACCUGCACAGCUGUGACCUGUGAGCCACUUGUGAUGCCGGAGAAGGGUCACAUGACCUGUACUGAUCCACUGGGAAAGUUCUCCUUCCGUUCAUCUUGUGCUGUGACCUGUGAGGAAGGAUACAUGCUGAGAGGAGAGAACACACUCACCUGCAUCAAGACCGGCAACUGGUCAGCAGAAACUCCAACAUGUGAAGUUGUAAGGUGCAGCGCUCUCAAUUCUGCUCCUCAUGGCUCCACGCAUUGUACGGACCCGUUGGAGAAAUUCGCUUAUAGCUCCAUUUGUCGGUUCGAGUGUGACAUCGGGUUUCUGCUGAUGGGUUCAAACUACACCUACUGUAACGCACAGGGAAAUUGGACCCACUGCCUUCCAGUGUGUCAAGUGGUACAGUGUUCUCCUCUGUCUGCUCACUCCAGUGAUGUGAGAAUGAACUGCACUCAUCCCCUCUCCACCAACAGCUACAACUCCACAUGUGUGUUUAACUGCGAUGAGGGCUUUAAGCUCAUAGGUUCCUAUAAAACUCAGUGUGAUCACACUGGACAGUGGACAGCCAAGUCCCCCACUUGCAAAGCUGUGACCUGUGAGCCACUUGUGAGGCCUGAGAAGGGUCACAUGACCUGUACUGAGCCACUGGGGAAGUUCUCCUUCCGUUCAUCUUGCGCUGUGACCUGUGAGGAAGGAUACACGCUGAGAGGAGAGAGCACACUCACCUGCAUCAAGACCGGCAACUGGUCAGCAGAAACUCCAACAUGUGAAGCUGUGACCUGUGAGCCACUUGUGAGGCCUGAGAAGGGUCACAUGACCUGUACUGAUCCACUGGGAAAGUUCUCCUUCCGUUCAUCUUGCGCUGUGACCUGUGAGGAAGGAUACACGCUGAGAGGAGAGAACACACUCACCUGCGUCAAGACCGGCAACUGGUCAGCAGAAACUCCAACAUGUGAAGUUGUAAGGUGCAGCGCUCUCAAUUCUGCUCCUCAUGGCUCCAUGCAUUGUACGGACCCGUUGGAAAAAUUCGCUUAUAGCUCCAUUUGUCGGUUCGAGUGUGACAUCGGGUUUCUGCUGAUGGGUUCAAACUACACCUACUGUAACGCACAGGGAAAUUGGACCCACAGCCUUCCAGUGUGUCAAGUGGUACAGUGUUCUCCUCUGUCUGCUCACUCCAGUGAUGUGAGAAUGAACUGUACUCAUCCCCUCUCCACCAACAGCUACAACUCCACAUGUGUGUUUAACUGCGAUGAGGGCUUUAAGCUCAUAGGUUCCUAUAAAACUCAGUGUGAUCACACUGGACAGUGGACAGCCAAGUCCCCCACUUGCAAAGCUGUGACCUGUGAGCCACUUGUGAUGCCGGAGAAGGGUCACAUGACCUGUACUGAUCCACUGGGAAAGUUCUCCUUCCGUUCAUCUUGUGCUGUGACCUGUGAGGAAGGAUACACGCUGAGAGGAGAGAACACACUCACCUGCAUCAAGACCGGCAACUGGUCAGCAGAAACUCCAACAUGUGAAGUUGUAAGGUGCAGCGCUCUCAAUUCUGCUCCUCAUGGCUCCAUGCAUUGUACGGACCCGUUGGAGAAAUUCGCUUAUAGCUCCAUUUGUCGGUUCGAGUGUGACAUCGGGUUUCUGCUGAUGGGUUCAAACUACACCUACUGUAAUGUACAGGGAAAUUGGACCCACAGCCUUCCAGUGUGUCAAGCUCGACAGUGCCCUUUGCUGGCCAGUCCAGAAAAAGGCUGGAUGAAUUGCUCUCACCCUCACUUCCUCUUCAGUUAUGGCUCACAUUGUGGUUUUGGAUGCGACAUUGGCUAUGUGCUCAGAGAGGAAUCUAAGUUGGACUGCACGACAGCAGGAACCUGGAGUCAGGAGAUACCUUCUUGUAAAGUGGUUCAGUGUGAAUCCCUCUUGCGGGCACCUCUUUUGCAAUCGGAUUCUGUUUCUGUCCCCUUUAUGAACUGCUCCCAUCCCAGAGGCGACUUCAGCUUCGGCUCCCGGUGUGCGUUCAGCUGUCCGGAAGGCUACAGGCUGAACGGAACUACUGACCUGAUGUGUACGUCUGGUGGAUUUUGGACUGGUCUGCUGCCUACCUGCAUCACGGAGGACAUGCCAUUAGGUCCUGCUUUUCUUAUAUAUGGUGCAAUAGGCGCAGCAUCAUCACUUGGCCUGCUGCUGAUGGGGGGAUUGGUCAUGCUGUUGGUGCGGAAGUUCAGCAAGGAUACGUUCACUCCGGAUUACUCAGCCUGGGAUGGAGCUCUAAAUCCAGUAUUUGAAGAAAAUUAACAAUUUUAUGAAAAACAUGCAAUGCUUUAUUAUGUACUAGACCAAGACAUAAUAAUUUCUGCAAUGUUGAUUGGAUGAAACUUGUUAAUCAGCGUGUUAACUGUCUUCCCGAGGAUCUGCAUAAUGAAUAAAGGAGUAAUAUUUUACUCAGA